CAAGUCCAACUCCCAAUGUCCCCGGCAAGUAGUAACACUUAAUAGGGAUCCGACGUCGCAGUACUGUAACUUCAGCUGUGACGAAACGUCGAAAACCUAAAAGGAGAGGGUUUAGGGUUUUCAGUUUUGACAGUUCUAAUUUCUAAUUCCUGGCGAAUUCGCACGCGAGAGGAUUCGUAUCUUAGAAGUCGAACUGAUUGGAUUAAGAUGCCUCACAACUCUUCUGCAAGAAAACAUGGUGGGGAGCAGUCGGACGGGGGCGGCUCUUCCUCAAAAUCGCAGCGCGGUAAGGCCGGAAGAGUUACUGAAGACAACGAGAAGAAGAGUUCGAGCAAGCGACUCAAAGACGUUGAGAUCAGCGUUCCGAUCGUGUACGGUACCAUCUCAUUUUGGCUCGGUAAGAAGGCGAGCGAGUAUAAUUCGCAUAAGUGGACUGUUUAUAUUCGAGGGGCAUCAAAUGAGGAUCUGGGUGUGGUGAUCAAACGUGUAGUCUUCACACUGCACCCUAGUUUCAAUAAUCCCACGCGGGUAGUGGAGGCUCCUCCAUUUGAGUUGUCGGAAUCCGGUUGGGGUGAAUUUGAAAUUGUCAUCAGUCUUCAUUUCCACAGCGAUGUUUGUGAUAAGCAAUUGGACUUGUAUCACCAUCUGAAGCUGUAUCCCGAGGAUGAAUCCGGUCCCCAGUCAACUAAGAAACCUGUUGUCGUGGAAACUUAUGAUGAAGUUGUUUUCUCUGAGCCUUCGGAAAGUUUCUUUGCCCGUGUACAGAAUCAUCAAGCUGUAAUUGUGCCGAGGCUAUCUCCUAGUCUUAACUUACCUCCCCCUGGAUCAAUUGACAACAUGAAUGAAAAGAAAAGAGGUGACACCAAGGAUCACCCUUUAAGUCAGUGGUUCAUGAAUUUCUCAGAGGCAGAUGAGCUGUUGAAACUUGCAGCAGCUCGUCAACAGGUGCAAGCUCACAUUGCAAAGCUUAGAAGGCAGUUGAAUGUGCUUGAUGGGCAGCCUCAACAGUUCAAGCCCACGGCUGGUCAGUGAUGUACUUUGGCCCACUGUGUCUUCAGUGAGUUUCCUCUCAAGUUGGUACAUUUGUAGGUAUGGAAAUAGUCUGCAAUGUAAAGAUUAGUACAAGCAUGGCUGUCUGUAAACACUCACCCCCUCUUUCUUUUGACCUUUUUCCUUUUUCUCCAUUGUGCAAGAAGAGCUGAGUAAUGGUAUCAUUCUGUAUCAAACAGCGAAAGGAAUCGAUAAAUGUAUUAGUUGAUUUUUAAUUAAGGACUCUUUUUUCGUC